GCAUCUAAAACAAGAUAUUGCUAUAUACUAUGAAUUACAGUAUUUGCAUUUCGAAUAAUUUCUCGUAUACCCUAUUAUCAAUUUGAAAUGAAUGUAGUCCGUAUUUCAUACGCAUGAAUCGUUUGAUAUUGUCUACAUUUAUUCCGUACUCCUUAUUUGAUAUUUUAUUUCGUAUUAAAGUUUAUAGUUAUAAUUUCUCAUAUUUUUCUGAUAAUUUGUUAAAUUUAUAAGAGUGCAGUUCUAAAUAUAAUUUGAAAAAUAUUUAAUCUGAUGUUAGAAAAAGGGAUGUCAAAAAUUAUUGUAAGAUUGUAGACGUCAACAAAGUAUAUCUUAUCAGCUGUACGCGAGUUUUCAAGUGAAGUAACUUUCUACUAGUUGCCUAAUUUUUAGUAGCCAUCUCAAUAUUUGUAUAUUGAUUCUAUCUUUCAUAAUAAGACCAUGUUAAGAAGUCGAGCAGAUGGACUUGUGCAGCGUCGAAAUGUUAACAGGGAUAAUACAGAUGGUGUGUUUAGAGAAAAUGGUCAUUCUGCGGAGAAACCUGAUUAUGAGGAAGAUUUAGAAGAUGGUGAUUCUAAAGAAACACGACUAACAUUAAUGGAAGAAGUUUUAUUGCUCGGUCUUAAAGAUAAAGAAGGUUACACUUCAUUUUGGAAUGAUUCAAUUUCAUCAGGUUUACGGGGAUGUAUACUUAUUGAACUUGCUCUUCGACAAAGAAUUGAAUUAGAAAAAGCUGGAAUGCGACGAAAAAGUUUACAAACAAGGAAAGUGUUAAUAAAAAAUGAUACUCCAACAGGUGAUGUUCUUCUUGAUGAAGCUUUAAAACAUAUCAAAGAAACUAACCCACCUGAAACUGUACAAAGUUGGAUUGAAUACUUAAGCGGUGAAACUUGGAAUCCUUUAAAAAUUAAAUACCAGUUAAAGAAUGUGAGAGAACGAUUAGCAAAAAAUUUAGUAGAAAAAGGUGUUCUUACAACUGAAAAACAAAACUUUCUUUUAUUUGAUAUGACUACUCAUCCAUUGACAGAUAAUGAAGCUAAACUUAGACUAGUCAAGAAGGUACAAGAUGCAGUAUUAUCUCGAUGGAUUAACGAUCCACAUCGAAUGGAUAAACGGCUUUUAUCGUUGUUACUUUUAGCUCAGGCCUCGGAUGUAUUAGAAGGUGCAUUUUCUCCUCUCAAUGAUGAGGACUAUGAAUUGGCAACUAGAAGAUUAAGAGAGUUAUGCGAUAUGGAUUUAGAAGUAGAGUCAAUGAAAGGUCCUACAAAUGAUGUUAUUUGGGCUGUAUUUGCAAAUUUUAAUAAAUAAGUAAUGACCAAAAUGUUAAUCAACAUUUAUAAACAAUUAUAUUCAACGGUUAUUUUUAAUAUACCUGUAUUAAUAUUAUUAUAUACAAAAUUGUUUAGUAUGUCUUUUUGAGAUAUAGCUUUUUUAAAAUUAUUUUCACAUCUUCAUCUAAGUUAUCAUUAAAAUUUAGACUGUUGUUAAAAAAUGAAAAAUUAAUGUAACAAGGGUAGAAGUGUUUUUAUUUUUAUAUAGUCUAAACUGAUAAUGAAAUCAUAAUAAACUACUUCAAAAUUGGAGGCCUUUAUUUUGUAUUAUAUAAUAUGAAUAAAUGUAGGUCUUUUUAUUAUUUAAAUAAUAAAACAAUUUUUUUAAUUUUACACACAUUUUAUUUUUUUCUUAAAAUAUUUUCUUUUGUAGUC